GAAGACUAUAGCUGUAGCGAACUGUACAUGUCAAACACGGACCGUUGGAAACAGGGAACUGUUUUAUUUAGUCUCGACUAACAGAAUAGUGUUUGAAGACUAUAGCUGUAGCGAACUGUACAUAUCAAACACGGGCCGUUGGAGACAGGGAACUGUUUUAUUUAGUCUCGACUAAGCACAUGAGGUUUUGAUAAAAAAAAAGAGUCCAGCAAUCUCCGUUCUUUCCUCGGACUUUGCAAUUCAGCGUCACGAUGUCCAGAUUGUUUUGUCCAACUCAUGGAAGAAACGUACACUUUCGUCUCUGUAGCCAGCGAGAGGCAUUGAAAGGAAAACUUGUUAGGCUGGAAGAUUUGGCACUUCAUCACGAUCUUGGACAAUCCAACAAACAUCAUGGGAACGAUGCUGCUGACCACAAGCCCAAGUUUAUCCCGGUAACAAAACAAGCAGAUGACCAACCCAUUAGGGCUGCUGAAUUUCAUCCAAAUGGACAAUUUUACGCAACUGGAGCUAAUUCUAUGGCCUUACAAAUCUGUGCUUAUCCCAAAACGUAUGAACUAAGAGAAAACUACGAGACACAUGAGCCAACUGUUCUGAUGAAAAGAAAAAAACACCACAAGGGUUCUAUCUAUUGCCUAGCUUGGAAUGGAACAGGCGACUUGCUAGCGACAGGUUCCAGUGAUAAGACAAUCAAAUUAACGAGAUUCAAUCAGGAAGUCUGUAAUAUUGAGGGUAGCGCCGCGGAGCUGACGAUGCAUAAAGGAACAGUACGGGACUUGUGCUUCAUGGAAGACCUCAGUAACAGAUCCAGUUUACUCAUCAGUGGUGGCGCUGCUGACAAUAAAAUCUUUAUAACGGACUGUGAAACGGGAAUGUCAUCUAAAUUUCAAAAUAAUUUCCAAGGUACAAUCUUAUCCUUGUACACGUGGGGAGGCGCCAUGUUUGUCAGCGGUUCUCACGACAAAACAAUUCGUUUGUGGGAUUUACGAUCACGAGGCUGUGUGAACGUGAUAUCUUCUCCAUCCGCUUCCGGUGCUGGGCCAGGCAGUCCAGUCGCCUCAGUGUGUGUUGAUCCAUCAGGACGGCUGCUUGUUUCUGGCCACGAUGAUUCUACGUGUAUGUUGUAUGACGUCACAGGCGGGAAGAUAAUUCAAUGCUUUCAGCCUCAUUCUGCAGAAAUUCGAACCAUUCGUUUCUCCCCCAAGGCUUACUAUCUGCUAACGGGAUCUUACGACCACAAAGUUGUCCUAUCAGAUUUACAAGGUGAUCUCUCUCAGCCAAUUCCAAACGUUGUAGUAGCAGAACAUGAAGAUAAGGUAAUUCAAGCUCGCUGGCAUCCCACCGAUUUUUCAAUCCUUACUACCAGCGCUGAUAAGAGCGUCAUCUUGUGGGGAUUAUCUACGAACUGAAUGUUGCCCGUCACGGCAAAGUCUGCGGUGCUCGUUACGUACGUUUAAGGAAAAAAUUCAUCGGCGUUAAACUGAAAUAUGUUGUUGCUGUUUUUAACCAGCAGUAAACUAAUUCACCAAAUAUUAAUUUGUAGGGCCUAUCUAUCUAUCUAUAUAUAUAUUCAAACUAAGCUUUUUCUUUUCAUAACAGCACAAAUGGAGUAGUAAAGAGAAACGGUGGGUACGUGACUUAACCGACCCCACCCCUCCACACUGUUACAUGUUCACUCAAGCCUUAAAAGAGGGCACCAAAUCUAAACAUCGGGUCCUCCGGUAGAAUAGCGGUAAGUCUAAGGACUUACAAUGUUAACUUUACAAACUAUUGUGUUACUCGUUCCCCCAGUGGGAGUCUUGCAUUCAGGGUUCGAUUCCCUGUGGUGGACAGAGCGCAGGUAGCUUGUUGUGUAACUUUGCGCUAAAACAAUCAAACAAACAAACACUGUACUAUCCAGAAUCUCAGCUAAAAAACUAUAACUUACCAAAUAAGAUAAAACUUCAACAGGUCGCCACAAAAUGAAGCGUGUCUCAGCAUAGAAAUUAUAACUUGCCAAAUAAGAAAUAAAACUUCAACAGAUCGCCACAAAAUGAAGCGUGUCUCAGCUAAGAAAUUAUAACUUACCAAAUAAGAAAUAAAACUUCAACAGGUCGCCACAAAAUUAAGCGUGUCUUAGCUAAGAAAUUAUAACUUACCAAAUAAGAAAUAAAACUUCAACAGAUCGCUACAAAAUGAAGCGUAAUUUAAAACAACCAGCAGCACAAAAUGAAAAUCGUUUUCAUUCAACUACACCUAACAGUCGAGUUGAUAUAAAUUAUAACAGAAAAGUAUGGUUCACUUCCUUUCAGAGUUUUGAAAAACAAAAAAAAACUGAUUUUCGAGUUCAUAUUAUUCAACUACACAUUUUGUACAUAAGUGAUCGUUAGAACCGACCUUGAUUUUCAGUUUAAUAACAAGUUAGACACUUAGUAAGAAGCGCCACUUUUUACUUUAUAUUGUUAAAUAGUGUUAAUAAAUAUAAAUCUUGACUGCAUUAUCCGGAUCUUGUAUAGCAACAACAUGGAAAUAUAAAUCUGACCGCGUCUUCCGGGAUCUUGUAUAGCAACAACAUGGAAAUAUAAAUCUGACCAUUAUUUCACGUAGGAAAAUUAAAGAUAUAGUGGGAUUUCGUAUGUUGAUUGGUGUGGUUUUAAAGUAGGCAAACACACUUGAAUAUUUUCAUUUUUCUUGUUAAAUUAACAGAUUUCUUACUCGUUUUCUCGGGCUGAAUUGCGGAAAGUUGACAUAAUCUCACGUCAGAUACAAAACUCAUUUCAUAACGAGCUGAAAACUGCAGUUCCCAACAAUGUCAGUUCUCAUCAGCAAAGUUAGGUUGGUCAAUCAUAGAAAUUGUUAUCCAGUGACGUUAGGCGUAGAAAAUGAAUCAGAAUAGUUUUUAGAUGAAAAUGUAUCAUUGCAAUAUUUCCUUUCGAAAGCGAAUGUGGGACUAUUUAACUUUCUAGUAAUUAAAUUUAGCUGUCAGAUGCUAAAUUGGCUACUAAAUAAUACUACAUUCACGUGUGUUAAAGAAGAGUUUCCUACAGUGUGCCUCCCAGUGACACAGCGGAAUGUCUGCGGACUUACAACACUAGAAACCGGGUUUCGAUACCCGUUGUGGACAGAGCACAGAUAGCCCAUUGUGUAGCUGUGUGCUUAACUUGAAAUAAACAAACAAUCCUACAGUGUGGGGCCCGCCCCCUAGGGGGCACAAAUGAUCUCUUGGGGGCACGAGUGACUAGGAUGGAGCCAGUUGUGGAAUAAUGUAAAAUUAAGCAUUAUAAUACAUUUUUAUUAUUGAAAGUAGUAAUUAAUUACUACAACACAUAUAGCAUUUUACUGUGUAUUCGUUUAUUAUAUUUCGUCACUCAUUUAAGAAAAAGAAAAGAGGGGUGCGCGCAAGAAAACAUAUUUAGUAAAGGGAGGGACGUGGACGACAAAAGAUUAGGAAACGCUGGAGUAAGAAAUGGAUUAACUUUAAUUAAAUAUUUAAUACACUAAUAUUUUUAGAGAACGCUGCUGUAUAGCAAAAAUACGAAUUGUUACCCCAUAUAAACAGUUGCUUUUCAUACUUUUUCUGCACAAACAACUGUUUCACGACAAUCAUAACACUAACCUGGAUCAGUAAUAAGCUGUCUUUCCCAACGAGAUAUGACACCAAGAUCGUCAAAUAUUCAAUCAACUUUGAUUCACUAGGUGUCGUUAUUCUACCCUCUCCUCCCCCCAUUAUUAAAUAAAUUCUAAAUAAUAACUUCCGAUCAGAGUAAGCUAUGUACUUAGGGCUAAGUUCAAAAUCAACCUUCCCAUCAGCAUAACUAAUUAAAUAGUUUUAUUACAUUUAUACUUAUAAAGCUUAAAAUGCAUUGUUUCAUUGUUUCGUUGUUAAAUGUAUUUUCGGCCGUAAUCCCAAAAGCAGAACGAGGUUGACCUGCUUAAAAGAUUUAGGUUAUUCUUAAAUACAUAUUUUAAGUUAACGAUGCAAAAUAAUCUUUAUGAUAAAAGUAUAAUAAUAAACAAUAAAUCAAAAUUGAAAAUUGAAAAUUAACGACUGUUAGUGUUUCAGAGACACUGACACUAUACAGACACUAUAAAGACAGAGACACUAUAUGUUCUUUAUAAAUCACUCUCCGGGAAUUGUGUCUAAUUCAAUAAGGAAAUUUACAUAUUUGAUGACCUCUGGUGGCUCGGGGGUUUAAGUUUAAGGGCUUAUAACACUAAAACUCGGUUUUCAAUACCCGCGGUUUGUUGAGUACCGAUUGCCUAUUGUGUAACAUUGCGUUUAACAACAAACAAAUAUGUACAUGUUUACAUACUGGCAUAUAGUUUAGUUUUUGUCUGUCGCAACAAUAUCUUAGACAAUUGAGUAGUUUUGUUGGUAAUUAUAUUGGUGGAGUUAUAUAAUAAAACUAUUUUUACAUUCCUGUUUAUUUGUUGUUAAGCGCAAUGCUACAGAAUGGGUUAUUUGUGCUGUACCCACCA